GUAUUUUUAACGGUGGUAAAUAGUUAAAUUUCGCCAUUUUCCCCAGCACCCGAACCCUCUAGCCGGGGCGCCGCCGCCUCCUGCCACGGCAGUUUCCUCUUCCAGCCGGGAGCCCGGGACGCCGCCGACUCAGCCAUCCUCCACCACGGCUCGGCCGGACGCCGUCGCCUCGAACCUCCUCCGGACACGCCGCCUCGGCCAAGCUCGUCCCGUCGCCGUCGCCAUCGCCAUCGCCUGCGGGUCGCCCGGGCCAGCGCCGCCUCGAAUAUCCUUCCGCCGGCGCCGGAUCCAGCCUGCCCCCGCUGCCGCCUGUGAGUCGGCCGGCAGCCGCCAUCGCCACCAACCUCCUCCCACCGCCGCCUCGUCCAAGCUCGUCCCGCCGCCCUCGCCUGUGGCUCGGCUGGGCCAGCUCCGCCUCGAAUCUCCUCCCGCCGGCGCUAGAUCCAUCCUGCCCCUGCUGCCGCCUGAGUCGGCCGGCCGCCGCCUUCGCCUCCAACCUCCUCACGAAGUUGUUGCCAUCGGCGUCUCCUUGGACCUGCUCCUGCUGCAGCCCGUGACUCGGCCAGCCGUCGCCGCCAUAGCUGCAUCAGCAACUGGAUCUUCAUUGCAAUCAUAGCUGCGACUGUUUCCCACCUAAUUUGUUGCUUAUACGGGGGCUUGGACAUGGAAGGGGUUGAGAACUGCUACGUCUUCAAGAGCCGUCUGCAAGAAUAUGCGCAGAAGGCCGGUCUCCAGACUCCAGAGUAUCAUACUCUCAAGGAGGGACCUUCCCAUGAGCCCAUCUUCAAGUCCACAGUGGUGAUUAACAACACCAAGUAUGACUCCCUGCCCGGAUUCUUCAACAGAAAGGCUGCCGAACAGUCUGCUGCUGAAGUUGCCCUCAUGGAAAUCGUCAAGUCCAUACCAACCAAUGCAAACAUUCCAGCAGUUCAAGAGACUGGCCUGUGCAACACAGGAAGUCAGCAACUAAAUCUGAGGGAAAUGCGCCGAGAAGAUGACCACCACCGCCUCCUGGCAAUGCUUGCACGCCACCGCCGUCUUGCUGCCGCGACCACCCUCUUCUCCACCCUCCGCACUGCCCGUGCCCUCAACUCCCUCCUUGCUGCUAUCUGUUCUUCCCCGGUGUUCCUCCGCAUUGCUUCCAAAGUCGUCCUGCUCGCUGCCCCGUCAGUCUCCCCUGAUGUCACUACCUUCCGCAUCCUCACCUCCACACUCUGCAGAGCCCGUUGUCCCGCUGCCGCUGCCGACCUCCUUUGCUGCAUGCCCUCCCUCCUCCUUGACCCUGACCCAGCCAGUUGCCGUGCUGUCCUUUCCUCCCUGUGCCAGUACGCUCCUGCUCAGGAUGCGGAAGCAUUCUUGGAGAAGAUGUGCCAUUGGGGCAUUUACCCAAGCAGAUCUGACUACCAUGGCAUCUUUGGCGCUCUUCUGCGAGAGGGAAUGAUAGUGGAGGCAUAUGAGGUCGUGAAGAAUAAGAUGGGUUCUGACGGGGUGGCGCCUUCACUUGCGUACUUCAAGUUGAUAAUGCAAGCUUUCAGCGAGAGCGCAGAGUUCCAUUCCGUGGAGGAGGUGUUUGAUGAGAUGCUCCUGAGAGGGCUGGUGCCGGAUGUUGGUGCGUACAAUGUGUACAUCAGUGCACUAUGCAGGAAAGGUGACCUUGCCGGAGCACGGAGGAUGAUGGCCUGCAUGGAGCACGCCGGGUGCCCACCGGAUGUAAAAACAUUUAGUGUGGUAGUCGCCGGAUGCAUGUCUGUUAGGGACAUGGUCACGGUGAGGGAGGUAUUGCAGGAGGCGGUAAGGCGUGGCCUGCGGUGGGAUCCAGCAGCAUUGUCAGAGCUUGUAGACUUGCUGUGGGCUGGUGUUGGUGCCACACAGGCACAAGAGUUGCUGUUCGAGCCACUAUUCAUGCGUGACGCACCGGUGUUGAGGCAGCUGAUUGGAGCAUUGUGCAAGCAAGGGCUAUUGGGACCUGCUGCUGCAAUAGAUGUUUAGUAGAAAGUGUUGGAAUGUUCCUUUUUUUUCGUUUCAAUACUGUGAUUAGUUUUGAGUUCUCA